AGGAUGCACGCCGGCCAGAAACCCUUUGUCUGCACUGCCUGUGGUAGGAGCUUCAGCCAGAGCUCGGUCCUCAUGACGCACCAGAGAACUCACACCGGGGAGAGACCUUACAUCUGCACCGAGUGUGGGCGACGCUUCAGCGACAGCUCCAACCUCACUCAGCACCAGAGAACCCACGUGGGCCAGAGACCCUAUAUCUGCACCGGCUGCGGGAGACGCUUCAGCCAGAGCUCACAUCUCACGAGACAUCAGAGGACCCACACGUCUCAGAACCAUGGGCACAGCUGCACAGCAGGUCCUGAGCAGCUGCUGCCCCAGAGCAGCCCCAUGGCAGGGGGUCUUGUGGCCUAGCAUGUGUCAGAUAUCUGGGCCUUUGCCUUGGUCACACAGACAGAGAAUGGGAAAGGGUUGGGGAGAAGUGUUGGGAGCACUUUCCUGAGGUGACUGAAUGCUGC